GCUGUACGUGCGAGCACACGUGCGUCGCUGUGUGACAACUUGCUUGAGGAGGGACUCAGCCAGGACUCAGCAGUCCUCUAUCUCCCUGCCACCAUGGCCUUCUCGCUCUAUAGGUUGGGGCGAUUUCUGAGGUCCAUUUUCUCUCCACUCGCAGCUUUCGUAGGCUUCAGCUGUCUGCUCACUUUCCUCUUCAUUCUCUACCAACCUAACGCGGGUCCUGGAGCGAAGCAGCGCGUCGGUUGGCAGUCCUGGGAGUUCGUCAAUGAGGUCACCGUAUCUAGUGCAGGCGCAAGUGGAAAUACUGGCACAACCAUAGGCACGCCGUCGCAAGCGGAUGGCGUCGACUGGUGGAACGUUACUACCUCGGAGAAGCCUACCGUCGACUCUGCCAGUCUGCCUCUGGACGUGUGGGAUCCAUUGCUCCCGCAUGAUACCGGUCUGUCUGAGAUUGAGAUCACGCGGUGCUUCGUCGACCCCUGGUACGCGAAGUCCUUCACGAACGACCUGUGUGCCCCAUCUACCACGAAGGAAGAUGAUGCGUACAAGGGCAAAUGGGUUCGUGUUCCCCGAAACCUCAACAUGCAAUCGGGUCUGAUGAGCUUGAACAUCUACUAUCGCCGAACGCGCCGGCACGACAUCCCUCUCAUCACAGACAUGCGCAUCCUUCCGGCGUCUGCAACCCCCACCCCUCUUACCUCCGACUGGCACAAAGUAUCUCGCUCCAUCAGCCCCUCCGGCGACAAGCUUUACCUAUGGUACAAGACCGACAAGACGCUCGUGCAGAUGACUGCCAGCCAGCGCCAGCAGCAGCUUGUGACGGAGCUCGACGUGCUGUUCGGCGACGACCAGCCGUGGUACGGCUUCGAAAAGCUAGACCCGCCUGUGCUUGAGAGCAUGACGCUGCUUCAACGGCAGAGCGUCUGGCUCACGUACCGCCGUGGUGUGCACGCGCCGCCUCGCGCGCCCCCGCUGCACUUCACGCGCGACGGCCGCUUCAAAAUCAUGCAGAUCGCCGACCUGCAUUAUUCUGUCUCCGCAGGCACCUGCCGGGACACGCCGCUCGCACCGUGCUCCAACUCCGACAACCUCACGAACACCCUCCUUGGGCGGAUGCUCGACGCCGAACGCCCGGACUUUGUCGUCUUCUCAGGCGACCAGCUGAAUGGCCAGGGCUCGUCCUGGGAUGCGCGCUCCGUGCUGGCCAAGUUCUCAAAGGCCGUGACGCAGCGCGGGAUCCCGUGGGCGGCCGUGUUCGGGAACCACGACGAUGAGGAUGGGGAAAGCAGAGAGCAGCAAAUCAAGUAUAUGCAGGGAUUGCCGUACAGUAUGGUCGAGACGGGUCCGAAGGACAUCCACGGUGUCGGCAACUAUGUCUUGAAAGUGAAGAGUGCUGACGCUUCCAUGACGCACCUCUUGACGCUUUACUUCCUUGAUUCCGGCUCGUACUCGAAAGGCUUCAUGAACUGGUUCGGCUUCUUUAUCCCUACGGAAUACGACUGGAUUCAUCAAGAUCAAAUCAAUUGGUUCUUGCAAGAAUCUUCUUCAAUUGACCCUAUUGAACGUCCCUUCACUCCUGAUACUACCAAAGAUCUCGGCGACGUGUGGAAACGUCAAGCCGUCGGACAAGUCGCCCCUGACGCAAGACGACUCGCGAAGCCCAACGCGCUCAUGUUCUUCCACAUCCCACUUGAAGAGAGUUACGCGGCUGCGGACACGGACCCCGUCACAGGCAAGCCGCUCGAUGUUGGCCUUCAUGGUCUAGAAGGGCAGGGCUCCGCGAAGAAACAGGACGGGUUCUUCCAUAAGGGGCUGCUGCAAGCGAUGGAGAGCGAGCACCGUGCAGCGGGCAACGCUCGCGAAGUCAAGGUCGCUUCGAACGGCCACUGUCACGUCACCGAGAACUGCAGACGCGUGCAAGGUGUCUGGCUGUGCUUCGGCGGAGGAGGCUCGUACUCUGGCUAUGGCAAGAUCGGCUUCGAUCGGCGCUUCCGUGUGUACGACGUGUCGGACUACGGCGAGACGGUCCGCACGUAUAAACGCACCGAGAACGACGGGAUCGUCGACGAGAUGGUGCUUGUUGGCCACGGCGCCCCGAGCACGUACGAGGGCCCAUGAUAAGGACAUGUGCCUCCCUUUGCGCGGCGAACUGUGUACUGUUAGAUGUGGUCACUGUAUUUAUAGAUAG